AUGAGUAGCACGCUUUUGAAAUACUUUCUUCAGGAUGACGUGGACAGUUUCAAGCGUUUGUUGGCAAACGUCAGCAAUGCGCCAACUGGCCAGCGGUCAGCGCCAGGAAGCAUUACACCGAAAAUAGGAAGUCCCUCAUACGGUUCGUCACCAAGUGCAUUGCCGCGCAGCCAGAAAAAGGUCAUCGGGACCUCGCCGGGCGCAUCGACUCCUGAUCGCAGCGGAUAUGUACGAGGGACUACAAGUCCGUGGUCUCGUACACAAGUGAACGCUCGUGAUCAAAACGGGCGCACAUUACUUCAUUUGAUCGCCUCAUCCCCGAAAUCGACCGCCAUCGAGUUCGCGAAUGCGCUGUUGGAGUUACCCUUUGUUGAUAUAUAUGCCCAAGACUCGGAAAGUGGAUGGACGGCACUGCACAGAGCUCUAUAUUUCGGGAACGUUGCUGUUGCGCAAGCUUUGAUGCAAAAGGAUCUCCGGGGCGCCACGGAUUUCAGUGCUCCUAGCAGCCUUCAUCACUUGACUGCAAGUUUAAUCAAGAUUAAAGACCGGGAAGGAAAUAGUCCUUUCGAUGUUUACGGUGCAACCAUCAUUGGUCGUGACAUUAAGCAAGCCGUAACACUGGACGGAAAGUCACUGGGCGACUAUAUAUCGAUCGACAAUGAUAACGAUGCUUCUUCAGCGGAAAACUCUGUCUUUGGAGGUGACAGCCCCGAGGAUGGGUUUUGUCCAAGAGCGCAAUUGAAAGCUCGAACAAAUUUACAGGGCGAUGAAGUUUUCACUUUCGGUAGCAACAAGAAUAUGACACUUGGUUUGGGAGACGAGGACGACCGUCAAUUCCCAGAAAGGAUAUCACUGGAUCGACCACAUCACCUCCUUGAACGAUUCUUCACGGAACGAGAAGAGGCUCGCGAUCAUCAAGAGCAAAGGUCGGCACUAUUUAGUCAGGCUGUGGGUCAUGCUGAUAAUCCAGGCGAUUUGCCUACUCUGGUUGCAUCAAGACCGCUAUCUAUUCAAGAUGUAUACAUGUCAAAACUACACACAGCAGUCUUGACUAACGAUCCGGAAUCGAACCUGUAUAUGGCUGGAUUCGGCCCUGGCGGUCGCCUGGGUACGGGUGACGAGGCCACGAGAUUUCAUUUCGUUUGCAUUGAAACAGGCGGACUUUCUGGAAAGAAAGUCAUAUCGCUUGCUCUUGGGCAGGAUCACUCAAUCGCCAUUUCGGAACAAGGCGAAGUCUUUACAUGGGGAAGUAACAAAUACGGUCAACUAGGCUACAAUCUUCCACGGGCAAACAAUAAGAGAGACACACCAAUACAAAGCACCCCGCGACAGGUCUUCAAUCCAUUUAAGCGUGAAGUCAUACUUGGGGCCGCCGCUUCUGCGAUUCAUUCCGUCGUUUUCAGUACAUCCGGUCUUUACACGUUUGGUAAAAAUGAGGGUCAACUUGGUCUGGUUGAUUCUGAUGCUCGUUCGCUUGAAGUCCAGGUCACUCCUCGUCGUGUCGGAGUUUCUCUCUUCAAUGCUCCCAUUCGCAUGGUAUCAGCCAUUGAUAGAGCUACCGCAGUUCUUCUCGAGACUAGUGAGACCUGGGUUUUUACGCACUACGGUUAUUCUAAAGUCAUAUUUCCUCUUGAUUUCAGCUCAUACUUCAUUAAAGAAAGUUUUCUGGCCACCAGGUAUGGCAACACAGCAAAUCGGGUCCUGAAGAUCACUGCCGGCGGAAAUACCAUUUGCGCGCUUUCCAGCUUCGGAGAGGUUUACAGCGUUCAUGUGAACAGUAGACCUGACCCUUCAACAACUUCAUCGACGACUAAUCCUGCAAAGAUUCGGAACUCUCUCUCUACGCCAGAGCGUGUUUGGUCUGUGAGAAAGUCUCACAUGGCUGCAAAUGAUGUUGAUGUUGGACAAGAUGGGUCUAUCAUCAUCUGCACAACUUCCGGAUCCGCAUGGAGGAAAGAGAAACGAGCUAAAAUUAAAGCAUCCAGCUCCAAGGACUAUAAAUUCGUGCGUGUUGCAGGUCUUUCCAGAGUCGCAGCCGUCAGAAGCAACGCGUUUGGUGCAUUUGCAGCUGUCCAGAAAGACUGUGAUGUAACUAAGGAACAAGUGACCGUUUCCCCAUCUUCAUUAUGGAAUGACUUUUUCCAGCUUUUGCCGAUUAGUUCUCUGGCAGAAAACGCAGAGACCGAUCUCACGGAUGACUCCAUGAUCAGGCAUCAAAUAGCCAAGAUGAAGUUGGCGGUCUCCUCUUCGUCUAACAUAGAAACUGAGGUGCAGCGUAUCGUGGAGAGGAGUCACAUGGAAAGACCUGCACAUGUUAUUUGGCUCAGAACUACGGUAUCUGAUACGCAAAUACCUGUCCAUGAAUUCAUUUUCGCCGGUCGAAGUCCUAUUUUGCGAACAGCACUAGCUGAGUCGCGGCGAGGUAAUGGGUUCUCGCUCCCAGACUUCAUCACGUUGGCAGAGGCCAAAAAUGGUGCCCAUGAAGUUGUCUUUCAAGGAAUGGACUUCCUCUCGCUUCUAAAUCUCGUUGUGUUCCUCUAUACCGAUGAUGUCUUGGAUGUGUGGCGUGAUGUUAGACACGACUCGGUCAAUGCCUAUAGGUAUAGACAGGUUCGAACUGAGGUCAUGCGUAUUGCUACUCAUCUGGACAUCCAGGCUCUAGAGCGGGCUGCUCGAGUAAUGGGCGAACCGUCCCGGACGUUACAUCAUGAUAUGGAGAGAGCAUUAUAUGAUCCAACUUUCUUUGAGAGCGGUGAUGUCACCAUACGCUUGAAAGAUGCAAUAAUUCGCGCCCAUAGUCAGGUUGUGUGCCAAAGAUGCCCUUUCUUCGAUGCUCUUUUCCAUGGUCGAUCGGGUGGAAGAUGGCUCGAUUCAAGACGCCAAGAGGAUGCCAUUACAAUCGAUCUUCGAAAUAUGGAUUCACACGUGUUCAGUUUUGUCCUUCGUCAUCUAUACGCUGAUACAGAAGACGAACUGUUUGAAGAUGUGCGAUACAAUAACCUGGAUGAUUUCAUUGAUUUGGUUCUCGAUGUGAUGUUUGCUGCCAAUGAGCUCAUGGUAGAUCGGUUGGCUCAGGUUUGUCAGAAGAUGCUAGGACAGUUUGUAAACACUCGCAAUGUCUGUCAACUGCUUAAUGCUGUUGCUCCCUGCACAGUAACAGAGUUCAAGGAGGCUGCUUUGGAGUAUAUCUGUCUGAACCUUGAGACCUUGCUUGAGAAUAGGCUACUUGAUGAUCUUGAAGAAGAUUUGAUGGACGAACUAGACGAGAUCUGCCAGGAAAAUCAACUUGCACGAUAUCCCGUUUCCCGUGGCCGCAACUCAGAAGAAGCGUUACUUGAGAGAUAUCCCGAGUUAGUGACGAGUCUUGAAGUAGACAGGCAAAGGAGAGUUGAUUCAAUGCGUCUCAGUUCGCGACGUGACCGAGACGGAUUGUUCGAUGGGAAGAUUCGAGCAAGUGUCUUUGACAAAGGCACCCCAUCACCAUCCGUUCGGAGAACGAAGAUCGCUCAAGGUGGUGAGCCGAGGCAGACUGUUGGAAGUCCGACACUCAAGGCUCGACAGUCUAUAAAUGAUCUCAUGUUCCAAAUGGACGACGAGUCAACCAUGUCGCCCACUCCAGUGCGCAAAGGCAAAGCUCCCAUGACCAAUUCGCCUGCAGAAGACCUAGAUGAUUUAUCACAGUCUCCUGCUUUCUCUCUGUCUUUCAAUCAAGGAGAUUCUGUAGGCGAUGCAAACUAUCUGCAAGCUGGAGUGGGUUCAUUGGAAAGUGGUGCAGCUAGCAGUCUGACUAUUCCUACCACACUUCAGCCAACGCCUCCAGCUACGUCAAAGGCGGCACCAUGGGUAUCGCCUGAUAUUUCUGGCGAUAAAAGAAAUCUCAGAGAUAUCAUGGCUGAGACGUCCACGUCACGUGUUUCGAAUCUUACUCUUGGCAUGACAGAUCGCUCAAGCGCUCAAUCUGCUGGCACUUUCUCUCAGAAAAUGUCACAAAAAGAACGCAAGAGACUUCAGCAGGUACAAGCUCAGGAAGCUCUGGAGGCACAGCAAAAAGCGGCAGUCGAUUCUCGACAGUCACCAUGGCAGACAGUUAGCAAAAAGCCAACCCCAAGCCCGCGUGAUGAUGUUGUCGAACAGACCGGCUCGAAUCCCAAAGCUAUUCAGAAGCCCGCCAUGACCCUUCGGCAGACCGUUGCUGGAAGUCCAUCGAUCCGUCCGCUUAUCAAACCUGGACCGUCUCCUAGUGGUCAAGGGCGGAGUGUCUCACAGCCUAUCCCAGGUCCUUCCACAAAUGCGAAGCCGAUACCAGCAAACACAACCCCUGCAAAGUCGAAGGCAAGACCAUCACCUAGCUUGUCUCCCAUCUCCACACCACAGCCCGUCAUCCAGUCAAUUCGUCACACACCUCGUCCUGAGCGAUCUCUUCCUGGCCCCGCCGGUCAAGCAUCUCUAGCUUCGAUCCUUCUUCAACAGCAGGCAGAAAAGGACGAGAUUCGCGAAGCAGCAUCCGCCAAACAUAAGCUACAAGACAUCCAAGCAGAACAAGAGUUUCAAGAAUGGUGGGAUAAGGAGAGCAAACGAGUCAUGGAAGCCGAAGCUGCGGCUGCAGCAGCGGCUUUGCGGUCGUCGACGGGUCGGAAUGCUCGACGCAAGAAUAGGGGUCAGCAGCAGUCACAGUCACAGCAACAACAACAGCCCUCACGGCAAUCGCAACAGCCACAAGGAAGUAAGCCUCAACAACGACAGAAUCAAGACAAACCGAGUGAAACCCCUCGAUCUCAAGGCAAUCGCUCCAAUCAUCGCCGGCCUCACAAGAAUCCGCAAGCAUCAUCAUCAGGACCCAACAACCGUCCAGAGCCCAUAACUAACCACUCAUGA